CUGGCGUUACACUACGGAGACUCAGAUAUCUGGGUGUGGGUCGGUGCAAAGGCCUUUGCUGUGUCUGGUCACAUCCAAGGCCAUGAUGAGCGAAACGGAGAUGAGGGUUGAUCCGGCACGAGCAUCUGCGCUCAUUUCGCAAUUGCAAGGUGUGAAUGAGAGAAUAGCCGCAGUUGCAAAAGGCCGCGCUGUCCGGCUCGUUGCCGUCUCGAAGUUGAAACCGGCGAACGACAUUCUUGCCUUGCAUGAGGCACCGGCCCGCCAGCUGCACUUUGGGGAGAACUACGCACAGGAGCUGAGUCAGAAGGCCGAGCUGCUGCCCAGGACGAUCCGAUGGCAUUUCAUCGGCGGUCUGCAGUCCGGGCGCUGCAAGGACCUGGCCAAGAUUCCGAACCUCUGGUGCGUCUCCAGCAUCGACAGUUUAAAAAAAGCCCAGCUACUGGACAAGCACCGCGGUGAGAAGAUCAAAUCCGACCCCGAGACGCCGAAGCUCAACGUCCACGUGCAAGUGAACACGUCGGGCGAGGAAUCCAAGUCGGGAUGCGCGCCUGGGGACGAGGUAGUGUCGCUCUGCCGGGCCAUCAUCAACGACUGCCCCAAUCUGCACCUGCUUGGCCUGAUGACAAUCGGAGCCAUUGCCCGUAGCGUCGCCACGACGGUGGAGAAUGAGAACGAAGACUUCAGGCUGCUGAAGGAGCAGAGGGACCUGGUGGUGAAGCAGCUGGGUCUGGACCGGGAACUGGAGCUGAGCAUGGGCAUGAGCGAGGAUUUCGAGGGCGCCAUUGCCAUGGGCAGCGACGAGGUCCGCAUUGGCAGCACCAUCUUCGGGCAGCGGCCGGCCAAGGCAGACGCCAAGAUUGUGGCUUGAACAGGCCGUGGUCAUGAUGCCAGCUGCGGAUACUGCGGAUACUGUAGUUAACGUGUGAGUACGCAGUAUUAGAAGUGUUUCAGCUGCCAUAUUCCACGACCCAGAAACCGCCCAGCUUGUUAAGAGUACCAGGUAGGUUAACUCUUCACUCGGGCGCAUGAGAGGGUUCCGAAUGGUAAACCCCGUUGGAGUUGAAGACAGUGUUGAAGGUUACAAGUACGCAUCCCUCAAACUCACUCAUCACCUGGUCAACAUGCGCAAAU